UUUUUAAUUUAGCAAAAGUUGGCUCUGUAGAAAGGGAAAUUGUCCCAAAACAAAACCAUUGAUCGCAGCCCACAGCCCUGACUUCAACCGCCCACUGUCUCCCAUUUCCAGCGCUCCUUUCUACGCACAAAUCCACUCUUAUAUUAUACGUACAUACACAAACAAGUAUUCUUGACGCUACGUUUCGUCGCAUAAUCUGAAGUUGUGUCAAAAUCACAAAAUCUGUAAAAUGUCAGUUUCCGGUGACCAUUCCAAUUCUGUUUUCGCCAAUGUUGUUCAAGCUCCUGAAGAUCCCAUUUUAGGGGUCACUGUUGCGUAUAACAAAGAUCCAAGCCCAGAUAAGUUGAAUUUGGGUGUUGGUGCUUAUCGUACUGAGGAAGGUAAACCUCUUGUUCUUAACGUGGUGAGAAAAGCAGAGCAACUGCUUGUUAAUGAUCCUUCUCGUGUAAAAGAGUAUCUUCCAAUUACGGGGCUAGCUGAUUUCAACAAAUUGAGUGCCAAGCUUAUUUUUGGCGCUGACAGCGUUGCUAUUCAAGAGAAUAGAGUGGCUACUGUCCAGUGCUUGUCUGGCACUGGUUCAUUAAGGGUUGGAGGAGAAUUUUUGGCGCGGCAUUAUCAUGAACGCACUAUAUACAUCCCGCAGCCCACAUGGGGAAACCAUCCUAAAGUUUUUACUUUAGCAGGGUUGUCUGUUAAGACUUAUCGCUACUACAACCCAAAUACACGAGGCUUGGACUUUGAAGGGCUAUUGGAGGAUCUUGGCAAUGCCCCAAUCGGAGCAAUAGUUCUUCUUCAUGCAUGUGCCCAUAACCCAACAGGUGUAGACCCUACUUCUGAUCAGUGGGAGCAUAUCAGGCUAUUGAUGAGAUCUAAAGGAUUGUUACCCUUUUUUGACAGUGCUUAUCAGGGCUUUGCUAGUGGGAGCCUUGAUGCAGAUGCAUUGUCAGUUCGAAUGUUUGUUGCAGAUGGAGGUGAAUGCCUCGCAGCACAGAGUUAUGCGAAAAACAUGGGACUUUAUGGUGAACGUGUUGGUGCACUUAGCAUUGUAUGCAAAACUGCAGAGGUGGCAACCAGGGUCGAAAGCCAACUAAAACUGGUCAUCAGGCCAAUGUACUCUAAUCCUCCUAUUCAUGGUGCAUCUAUUGUAGCUACUGUACUCAAAGAUAGGGACAUGUAUGAUGAAUGGACUGUCGAGCUGAAAGCUAUGGCUGAUAGAAUUAUCAGCAUGCGCAAGCAACUUUUUGAUGCUUUGCAAGCUAGAGGGACGCCAGGUGACUGGAGUCAUAUUCUGAAGCAAAUUGGGAUGUUCACAUUUACCGGUUUGAAUGCUGAUCAAGUCGCCUACAUGAGGAAAGAGUACCACAUAUACAUGACAUCUGAUGGGAGGAUUAGCAUGGCAGGUCUUAGUUCUAGGACCGUCCCUCAUCUUGCAGAUGCGAUACAUGCUGCUAUUUCUAAUCUAGCAUAAGAUGGUGCAUAAAAUUCUCCAUACAAGUAACUUUUAGCUUCACUAUGACGUUGUUUUGAUUAGUAAGAAUAAUCUGAAAUGGAACUUUGCUAUUUUUAGCGUGACCUUGGAUUGAUGUGGUUUUCAUCCCAUUUUGUUUCUUUUUGAGCUGGCAAACUACAAGUCUACAAGAAACUUGUUACAUUCCAUAGUAUCAAUGCUUGCUGUUUGAGAUGAAUGUUGCCAUUGAUGUGGCUUUCAUUCCAUUUUGUUUCUUUUUGAGCUGGCAAACUACCGGAAACUUGUUACAUUCCAUAGUAUCAAUGCUUGCCGUAUGA